CUAGUGAUAACAGUAAGUUCAGCUUUGGUGUGCCUAAAAAUAAGAAUGGCAAAGCGUGAACUAUCCAGCACCUUGAGGAACUUGAAGUUUAUGCAAAGGGCAGCUCUGAGAGAGGAAAAGCCUAAGAAAGAAGAAGUAGAAGAAGUAGAAGGAGCAGAAGAAGAAGUAGAAGAAGAAGAAGUGAUACCUGGUGGAAAUUUUCCCUCUAGUGCUCCCAAAAGAUGUGUUGUCAUUAGGGAAGGGGAUCCCCACCCUGGGGCUACAAGGGGUCGGAUGUCUUUUCAAUGCUUUAAUCCUUCUAUUGAUAAAUUAAGAGAAGAAGCGUCAAAACCACAUUCUGAAGGUUCUGCUGCUUGUUCUUCAGAGGCGAGUGAAAUAAAUUCGAAAAGAGAAAAUGGAACAUCACAAUGUGGGUUGGAGAACUCUAAUGUGGAGGACUCGUGUCAUUCUCCUAACGAAGAUCUUAAAAGGAAGCAAGAUGAUACAUCCUCUGAGGCGCAGUAUCCAAACAAAUCACAUAAGAGAGUUCUUGGCAAUCCAGAGUCGUCACCUAGUAGUAGUCGGAGUUCCCAGAAGCCACAUGGACUGGACUGGAGUGUUCUUAAACCUCCAAAGUCUCAAAAGAAAAGGCGGUAAGUGUAACUUACAGUGAUUUUGUUUACUGCUUCGGCAAAUUUCUGUAUUUUCAAUUUAUGUUGAGGAAUGGUAACAUUAGUCUUCUGGAUUAUGGUAAUUUUUUGUAUCAAUUUAUACUAGCCUUUUUACUUUUGAAUUUUUAUUGAAAAAAAUUUCUGCCA